ACUACUACUACUAUAAGCUUACGACUGCUUUACCUCGGGUCGCUCUUAAUUAUUCCAGUCAUUGCGUGAGUUUAUUGAAGAGUAUUUGAAGCAGAGGAAAAUUUCAUCUGAUCCUAACUAGGAUUGAGUAGUGUUGUACAUAGAACAUCCCGUGAAAAUGGAAGCUGAAAAAUCAUUGCUGUUAAUCAAAGACGAGAAGGAGAAUUUGGUAGAUGAUCUUACAGAAAACAAAGAUGGAGGCUCUUUAUUUACAGAUCCUUUCUCAGAAGUGAAGGCAGAGCCAGAAUUUAUAUACUGUAGUGAAUUUGAUAUAGACUCUUCAUCCCAGUGUAUGAAGUGCGAGGAUGACUCUAAAAUCUUUGAUGAAGAAAGUGAAAAAGAGGUUAUUUCAGAAGACACUGGACAUUUGGAUAUAGCAGAGGAUUCUCACAUACCAUUCGUAUCAUGUGGAAUAUUGUAUGAUGAUAAUUUGUCUAAAGAGACUGACAAAAAUAACUUCAAAGCUUUGGAAGUGUUUUUAAAGACAACCAACAGUGCAAGGAAGAUACUAACUUGUGCUGAAUGCCAAAGGACAUUUUCUCAGAAGUGUGAUCUGAAAGCCCACAUGAGAUCACAUACAGGAGAGAAAAUAGAGAAACCAUACUUAUGCUCUGUAUGUCAAAAAAGUUUUCCAUACCCAAGUCAUCUCACAAUACACAUGAGAACUCAUACAGGAGAGAAACCAUUCACUUGCUCUGUAUGUCAAAGAAGUUAUAGUGAUUCAAGUAACCUCAGAUCACACAUGAGAUCUCAUACAGGAGAGAGACCAUUCACCUGCUCUGCAUGUCAAAGAGGUUUUUUUGUGUCAAGUACUCUCAAAAAACACAUGAGAACUCAUACAGGAGAGAAACCAUUCACUUGCUCUGUAUGUCAAAAAAGUUUUUAUGCCUCGAGCGAUCUCAAAAUACAUAUGAGAAUUCAUACUGGUGAGAAACCACAUACUUGCUCUGUAUGUAAAAGAGGUUUUUCAUGCUCAAGUCAUCUAAAAAACCACAUGAGAACCCAUACAGGAGAGAAACCAUUUGUUUGCCCUACAUGUCAAAGAAGUUUUUCUGUCUUAGGUAAUCUCCAAAAACACAUGAGAACUCAUACGGGAAAGAAACCAUUCACUUGCUCUUUAUGUCAAAGAAGUUUUUCUGAAUCAUGCAAUCUCAAAAAACACAUGAGAACUCAUACAUGAUAGAAACUGUUCAUUUACUCUUAUAUGUCAGAGAAGUUUUUCUUUCAUAGGUAAUCUCAAAACCCACUUGAAAAACUAAUACAGGGUAGAAACCACUCACUUGCUCUGUAUGUGAAGGACGUUUUUCUUGUUCGAUUCGUCAGUAAACAGACAAUGUAUACGUACUUGAUCUUUGUCCAAGUAGUUUUUCUAAUUCUGAAAUUCUCUAAGUACACAUUGGAAAUCAUUGUAGAGAGAGGGCAUUCUCUGGUCCUAAUGUAAAAUAUUUUAGGCAGUUUCAAAUACUUUGAGAUUACCCAUGAAAAUUUUUAUAAUACAUAUAGGCCAAUUUAAUGUACUGAAUGCCAAAAAGCUUUUGAUUAUUUCUCUGCUCUCAGAAACGUUAUGAGAACCCAUAUUGGAGAGAAGCCAUUCACUUCUCGUGAAUGGCAAAGGAGAUUUUAUUGUAGUGUCUUACCGAACAAUUAUACAGCCGUGAUUUCCACGAGCGGCAGGAG